CCGGCCCGGCCCAGCUCUGCCCCCGGCGGGCCCGACCCCGGCCCCGGCCCCCGGACAAGCCCUUAUCUGAUCGCGGCUCGGGGCUUAAGAGUCCUGGCCCUGCCCGUCGCACAGCUCCGCUCCUCACUCCUGCCCACCCCGUCCCGCUGGCCCGCGGUCCAUCCGAGUGGCCACUUCACCUCGGACCCAAGAUGACAUCAGCUGCCAAGGUGUAUUACAGCCAGACCACUCAGACAGAAAGCCGGCCUCUGGUGGGCCCGGGAAUUCGUCGGCGGAGAGUCCUGACGAAAGACGGCCGCAGCAACGUGAGGAUGGAGCAUAUCGCAGACAAGCGCUUCCUCUACCUCAAGGACCUGUGGACAACCUUCAUUGACAUGCAGUGGCGCUACAAGCUGCUGCUCUUCUCGGCCACCUUUGCAGGCACCUGGUUCCUCUUUGGCGUGGUGUGGUAUCUGGUUGCUGUGGCCCAUGGGGACCUGCUGGAGCUGGACCCCCCUGCCAACCACACCCCUUGCGUGGUACAGGUGCACACUCUGACUGGAGCCUUCCUCUUCUCCCUGGAGUCCCAGACCACCAUUGGCUAUGGCUUUCGCUAUAUUAGUGAAGAGUGCCCCCUGGCCAUCGUGCUUCUUAUUGCCCAGCUGGUGCUCACCACCAUCCUGGAAAUCUUCAUUACAGGCACCUUCCUGGCCAAGAUUGCCCGGCCCAAGAAGAGGGCCGAGACCAUCCGCUUCAGCCAGCAUGCAGUUGUAGCCUCCCACAACGGGAAGCCCUGCCUCAUGAUCCGAGUUGCCAAUAUGCGCAAGAGCCUCCUCAUUGGCUGCCAGGUGACAGGCAAACUGCUUCAGACUCACCAGACCAAAGAGGGUGAGAACAUCCGGCUCAACCAGGUCAAUGUGACUUUCCAAGUAGACACCGCCUCCGACAGCCCCUUCCUCAUCCUGCCCCUUACCUUCUACCAUGUGGUAGACGAGACGAGUCCUUUGAAAGAUCUUCCCCUUCGCAGUGGUGAAGGUGACUUUGAGCUGGUGCUGAUCCUAAGUGGGACGGUGGAGUCUACAAGUGCCACCUGCCAGGUGCGCACUUCCUACCUGCCAGAGGAGAUCCUUUGGGGCUAUGAAUUCACACCUGCCAUCUCGCUGUCAGCCAGUGGCAAAUACAUAGCUGACUUCAGCCUCUUUGACCAAGUUGUGAAAGUGGCGCCACCUAGUGGCCUCCAUGAUAGCACUGUACGCUAUGGAGACCCAGAAAAGCUCAAGCUGGAGGAGUCAUUGAGAGAGCAAGCUGAAAAGGAGGGCAGUGCCCUUAGUGUGCGCAUCAGCAAUGUCUGAUGUCCUGUUCUCACCUCCCUGGGCAGGGGUUACUAUCCGGGGUCACUGCAGAGCCCCAGAAGCACCAAUCCUCCACACCCCAUUGCUUAAGCCAGCGGCCUGUCAGUAGUCUAGGCCGACUGGAGCCCCUGUUUUCUUCCCACAGUCCCCGUGCCCUUUCUCUGCUUCUACACAAACGCACGCAAGCUCUUGAGCCAGGACUGGGGAGGGAGAGGGAAGAUUAGGCUGGAGAGGCUUGGAAGGCCUCAGCCAUGCUUGGAGACUCCCAUUAGGAGGGCCGUGUGAUUGGAUGGAUAAGACUCCCCCCAACCUCUAGAAAGUUUGUUGACUUGAAACUGAAGCCUCCUCCAUCUCCGUUUCUGUCUCCAACUGACCUAAGGCAAGUCACUCUCUGAUGCUCCCCUUGUGGUCAGUGCCCUCAGUAAUAGAAAUUGGAAAUCAGUUUAUUUUGGGAUCUCUACCAACCCCAGUUGAAAGAAGCCAGGGUUUGUCACAGUCUAUCUCAUUUUCGCUGGUAACUCCUGACCAUAAUUUAGACCCUUGGUCACAACCACUUCCCCUUUCUAGUUCUCCAGCAGAUCCUCUCAGGAUGCUAGGUCUCUCAGACCCUGUCCCACAGAACUGGUCACAGUCACCUUUGGUGUACCCAUCCUGGGUUCUGAAUGUGUCCAUUUAGCUGUCUAAAACUUUGAACCUAUCUCCAGGCAGUCCUGGGAAGACUUUUACUGUGUCCCAUGACUGGAAGGACCCCAGCCAGCAUGCCUCCUUGAAUAAGCCCAGUGCGCAGGCCUCAUGAAAAGGUUUGAACACAGUACUUCAGAUCGCUGUGCACCAGGCUUCUCUUUUCCCUUCCUGCUUAUCGCAGACCCCUCUUCCCUGAUCCCAGCCCUUUGGAAAAAGAGGGAAAUGUAAUGCUUUCCUUCUUAACUCUGACGCUCAACUAAAACUAGCCUCACAAGGCAGAUUUCCCAGGGAAGUUAAACCAAUGUCUCACGUUUUCAGACUGCCGCACAAGCCUCUGGGACUUGGUGAUAUCUUGUUAAAGUCUGGACAGACACAGAACCCCGUGGCUGGCAGCCAGUAUUUGGUUACACCUCCCAAUGCCCUUCUAAAGAGUACCAGUUAUUUUAUGAGGUAAUGCUGCAAGGGGAAGAAAUUAUACCUCCCGAUCAAAUAACCUGGGUCUCCCUUAGUUAUUCCUUGGUAUAAACUGAUGAAAAUCAGUAUCAUCUCUAUUCUCUUUUGGCAUGGGGCCAGUUUCAGGCAGUUAAAAGGACAUCUAAAGAAAGCAGUUUCAGGCCAUUCCUUAUUCUCGGAUGGGGACUGCGGUAGGAGAAGGGAAUGUCGACACCUAGACCCCACAAGUGCCUUCCAUCUCAUUUACAUACACAGGAAUUCCAGGACAGGUCUUCGUAGAACCCCUUCAGGAGCGACACGUGAUGGUUCGUACCUGUAACUGUAGUACUUGGGAGGCUGAGGGGGAGGGCUUCUGUGAGUCUGAGGUCAGCCUGGGCUACAGUGAGAACCUGCCUCAGAAAGAAAAGAAAGAAGGAAGGAAGUUCACAUGAAUCAAGUGGCUGUUUAUUAAGGUGCACUUGACAAACUGUCACAAGUUACAUUUAUACAGAAUGUACACAUGCAUAUCUGCACAAAGCCUUGCAGAGAAACUCAAAAGAUCUUGAGGCUGGACCUAAUUCAACUGUGUAUCCUCUUCAUACUGAUAUCUUCUUGAACUCAACUAACUCGAUCUUGAAAAUGAGGACCCUGGGGUCUCAGCUGUUUACUUACUAUAAAACCCACCAUUUGCCUCUAAUUCUCACAAAAAGAGUCUGAAGAACCCGGAAAUCUGAGCAAAGCACCAGGCAAAGAGCCAGCUUCCAUGCUCUCUAUACAUUCAGCACUGGACUCAUCCGGUUUUGCUUAGUGUGCACAGAUAUGAUGUACCACGCUGGGCGCUGCGUGUCCUAUUCCUUGGCGGUCUGUCCUCCACCUGGCUAUGCACACCACGGCGCCCCUCCUGAAGUUAUUUACCGCUUCCCAUUGCCCAGCUCCAUCCUAAACCCCAGAUUGUCCUCAGAUUUUUGGAUAACAACGUGAAAACAUUUUCUGACAUAACCUUUUAUGAACCUGCUCUACAAUCCCAGGCUUUGCUCUAAAUUGCACUUUAAAAAAAUCGUUCUCUUGUAUUAAUGCAAUCUGGCAUCUUCUCCAAUGAGCCCCUUGUCCUGCAAGGAACAACUCCCACUCCUAAACCUUCAUGGCUCCUUAGAUCACAGUGUAUCUCCUGUACCUAGAAUCCUCUUUCAGGCUAUAGGACAGGCUUUAGAAGCAGAGACAACUGGUGAGAAAUGAGCACCUGGUCUGUACCAGCUAUUGACUUGGGAUGCCUGGAGAGGAGCAGGCCACAGCUCUGAAGUGUGGUGGGAGAGUUUGGAAGUUGGGCAAAACUACCAAUGAGGAAGAAUGGCCAGGGUGUGAAGAUGUGACAGGCAGGGGCUAAGAGACAUAGUGAAAUCAAUGAAAGCCCCGAGUCUUAUUUAUGACUGGCAAAUGAAAGGAGAAUGCAGGCUUGAGGAAUUAGGAUAUGAUAUAUAUGAAAAGUUUAUCUAAGGAGAAAAGAGUUAAUAUAUAGAGAUAUGUAAAUAGAUGUAUAUAUACCCAAAUAUACUGAAUGUACAAAAAAAAAAGUAUUCAGAGACUUUAGCAAAGAGGAAAAUAUCUUGGGCUAAGAUACCCAGAUUUUCAGUCUUACAAUGUGGACUGACAGCUGAUGGAUUUUAGGUUUGCUGAUGUUAAGGGGAGGGCUGGGACCCCCCUUUCAUAGACAAAGAGGCAUCCACCAAAGUCUGAUGAACUUCUGCUACCGACAGGAAGAAAGGAGCUUUGAGGAACUGGGGAUGGAAGAUGUCCUACCCAUGGAGGUCUAGGAAAAAUCUACCACUUAGACUGUGUGCUAGCUACCCCUAGCAGCAACCUGCCAUGUAGCAACCUUUACAAUAAAUAAACAAAUAUAAGCACCCUCUGUUUUCCUCUUGAAGUAUACUGCACCCUUUCUUCCACCAGGUUGGAGCCGCUAUGGCUCCAAGCUCUCAGAAUUAAACUGAGAAGCCAAGCACCUUACUAAAUGGAAGUCCCGGCUCCAGAAUGCAAGUGUCAGGAUUGGUGGGCAGUCGGACCUCCCAAGAUGGAGAUCCAAGCCUGUAUAUGGCUGUAAAAUUCCCUAACAGGUUGUCACCUAUGCCGGUAGUCUCAGUCCUGGCCCCAAGCACCGAGGGGGAUGCUUUGAUGCUGCUGUAUGAAACCGUGUGCCCAGGGUAUGGCACAGCUCCAUGAGAGGCUUCACUCAGUAUCCCCCACCCCCAAGCCUGUGUCAGAUACUUGGAGUACCCAGGGAUGUCCCUAUGCGGGUGGCACAGAAAGGAAACUGGUCAUACUGCUCUUAGCCAGGGACACUGCAGCAUUGAGAGGCUACCACCAUGGAUCUGUACCCCUGCUAGCUAACCUAGUUUAUUGGUGAAAUAACACAUUGCCUGUUCUGUUAAGUUAGCUGGGCUUUCAGGCUCAGUGCUGGCCAAUUCUACUGAAGCACAAGUCUCUAGGGAUGUUUUUCCCCCCCACUCAUUGCAUUAAAGACUAAACCAGGUUAAAUUUAUCUAGAAAAAAAGAUGUGUGAAAUAUUUUUGGUUUCAUCUCUUUGUUCAAAACAAGCUACUAAAUAAAAUGAAUGAAUCUCCUGUC